AAAAUCCAAACUUCCACCAAACCCACUAUAAAUAAGAGCUGAUCAAAGCAUUUGUUCAGCACACCUAAGCCUCUCUCUCAUCUAUUCAAAGAACCCUAACCAGUGAGUGACGUUUCUUCUUCACCAAGUCACCGUUCAAUCUUCACAGCAAGAAAAAGAUCGAGCUUCGUCUUCUAUUCUCGAUCGACAUGGACAAGAUAAGAGACUUGGCGGGAAAGAAAGCGGCGGGGAUCUUCACGAAGAGCUCGUGUUGCAUGUGCCACAGCAUCAAGACGCUCUUCUACGAGCUCGGAGCGAGCCCAGCGAUCCACGAGCUCGACAAGGACCCCGAAGGCCGUGAAAUGGAGCGAGCGCUGCGUGCUCUCGGCUCGAACCCGACCGUUCCUGCUGUUUUUGUCGGAGGAAGGUACGUCGGCUCCGCCAAAGACAUCAUCUCCUUCCACGUCGACGGCUCGCUCAAGCAGAUGCUUAAGGACGCCAAGGCCAUAUGGUUCUAGUAUCUAUAUAAUCCGUCUAUGUAUAUAUAUAUAUAUAUGAUCGUGACUUAUAAUUAAGUAAUUGCCGCGGGAAUCAAGUCAUGCUCGUGAGUGAUAUAUAUAUAUAUAUAUGUAUACCGGGAAGGAACAUAGGUGUAUUAAAAGGCUUAGUUUCUUUGGCCGGUUUUAUAUAUAGGUAUAAAUGUGUGACUUGGCCGACAUUGCACGGAAGAAGAAACUGUACCUUUGUAACUCUGUGUAAUGGUAGAGCUUUCUUUCAGCGUAAA